UUGUAGGGGAGGAUUUAAUUUGUCCAAGACGAGUCUAUUUGUUUUAUUUUGAAGAUAAUUUUAUAGUGAUUCUGGUUCCGGUUUCUGCAACUUCAGCAACUAUGGACGAUUUUCUGAGUGAAGAUAAGACCACGUUCAUUGUCGAAGAAGUGAGCAAAAUCAUAAAAGAUUCUGUAGAAACGGUGAUAGGAGAAAACUCCUACAAGCACGGCAGAGUGAACCAGUGGACCACCAGCGUGGUGGAGCAGUGCCUCAUUCAGCUCAGCAAGCUGGAUAAGCCGUUCAAGUUCAUCGUAAACUGCAUCAUCAUGCAAAAGAAUGGAGCAGGGCUGCAAACAGCCAGCACCUGCUUCUGGGACAACGCUACUGAUGGAAGCUGCACAGUGAGAUGGGAAAACGACACCAUGUACGUCAUCAUCAGCAUUUUUGGGCUGGCCAUCUAAAACUAUAACAUUAAAACUGUUAAAUUUUCCUGUUUUCCACCAAGUAGAUUGUUGGGUGACAUUUUAUGAAAUGUUAUUUGUAUGUUAAGUGCAAUUAAACACAACUUUAAUAUGUCGGUAUAUACUGCUUUAUUUCCACAUUACAUGACACUGCCAGAUUUACAGCCUUGCAUUAACUAAAUCAAACUAUUAACAUUUGAAAAAAACAACCAUGUUUAGCCAACAUUUACAAGGAAUUACACAUAUUUACAUUUAUACAUCU